AGUGGAGCCGAGAACUUCCGGAAGUGGAAUGCAGUCCACAAACGGCUAGGGCACUGUUUCCCACACUCACGAGCCGUAUAGUGGUUAGUUAAACAUCUGGGCACCGGUAAAACUUCUUCCACCCGGCACCAUGUCCGUUUUGUGUUAUAAUAAGGGAUGUGGACAGCAGUUUGAUCCAGAAAAUAACCCAGAAGAUGGCUGCACCCAUCAUCCAGGAAUCCCAGUAUUCCAUGAUGCAUUGAAGGGAUGGUCCUGCUGCAAGAAAAGAACCACUGACUUCUCAGACUUUCUCAACAUUGUUGGCUGUACAAACAGUCCCCACAACAAGGAGAAGCCCCCUGAGCCGGAGAAACCAGAUGUGACAUCGUCAGGAGAAAAGAAAGAUAUAGACGACCCAAAGUUCAAUGAGUUCAUCAUUUCCGCACCAAAGCCUCAUGAGUCGAUACGCAGACCAAGUGCUGAUGAGCCGAUGGGGAGGAUGCCGCACAAAGUCUCUUCUUCUCUGAAGCAGGCUUUGGAGAAACUGAAGCUUACUGAAAAUGCAGAAGAGAAGAAAGAGGAAGAUAAUGACGAGAUCAAGAUUGGAACAUCCUGUAAGAAUGCAGGAUGUACUAAAAGUUUUGACGGACCUGCAAGCGAUUCGGAAGAGUGCUCAUACCACUCGGGAUUUCCUAUCUUCCAUGAAGGGAUGAAAUACUGGAGCUGCUGUAAGAGGAAAACCUCCGACUUUAACACCUUCCUCUCUCAAGAGGGCUGUACCACGGGAGAACAUCUAUGGAGGAAAAAAGAUGAGGGUAACAAAGUGGUUCCAUGUCGGUUUGACUGGCACCAGACGGGGAUGCAGGUCAUCGUCUCCAUCUACGCCAAGAAUGGCAUCCCAGAGCUGAGCUACGUGGAGGCUAACAGCACCACGAUCGACAUCCAUGUUAUAUUUGAGGGAGAGAAGGAAUUUUUGCAGAAAAUCAACUUGUGGGGAGUUAUAGACGUGAGUAAAAGCGUAGUGAACAUGAUGGCCGCCAAAAUCGAGAUAGCCAUGAAGAAAUCCGAGCCCUUGACAUGGGCACGCCUUGACCUUCCUCCACCGGCCCCACCCAAAGAGGAAAUAAAGGAAAAAGAGGAGACUGAUAGCGAGGAGGAAGAUGAUGAAUGAUGAGGUAUUCAAUGACAAACAUGGUGCGUACCUUUUAGCUGAAUCCAAGGCCACACAGUUCAUUCCUUACCUCUCUAAAGAGUCGCCUCUUUUGCUGUCAUGGACUAUUGGCCUCUGCUCUUCAACAGCGUUCCCGUUUCAUUCUUAUUUGUCAACAAACUUGAUUUUGCUAGUUCUUCUUGAGUUGUUGUCCUUUGUACUGCUCAAUAUAGAUGUUGGAAUGCUUGGGAAUCUACAACAUUUGUUUACAAAAUGUUUCCACUAAAGGUUAAGGGUUACACUUGGUAAUUGCACUGAAAUUCCCUGGGGAUUACUACCACCCAAUAAGAUAAGAGUCGGGUGUGACUAUGCUUAAGUCAUCCUAAAGGACCACAGUUCUCUAUUCCCACAAUGUAUGUUAAAAGUUUCAUCCAUCCUAUCAUUUCGUAUAUUUAAUGAUUGCAUUGUUUGUCCACCAGAAUCACUUCUGACUGAAUGCAGUGCUCAUAGAUAUGUUCCCAUGACAAUGAAGCGGCUCCAUGUAGUCUAAGCAGGAAAUGUUAAUCUCCAUGACACUUGUUCGAUAUGAAUAAGUUGUGUUUAAAAGAAAUACAACAGCUAAUUUGGACCCUUAAACUUACAAAUUAAAAUGUGCUCCUUCUACCCCCUUUCAUUCACAUCACAAAUUGUAUUUUUUACCAUGAUUAUACCUGAUGUAUAUUUGUACAAGUUUUGCUUUCGAAAUGAUCAAUGCUGUAUUCAACUAAGUUCUUGUUAAAGCAACACAGCGCAGUUUGUAUAAUGAGAAUGUACUGUAAUAUCAGAGAAUGCUAAUUGAAUACAAAUUAUUUUUCAGCAAAGUACUGUAUUGUUCAAAAUGCUAUGCUAGAGAGCACAUCUCAGAUUUGGCUGACGUAUGGGUAAAAAUGAUUAGAGAACCAAUUUACCAAAAAUAAACAUUUGUGUUGAACUUUU